CCGAGGGAGCGAGCGAGCGAGCGUCGGCAAUGGCUACCAAGAGCCUGGCGCGGCGGCUUGGAUUAAUUAGGAGAAAGUCAGUUACACCAGCAAGUGGGAAUCCAGGGAGAAGCAGAAUCAAACAGUUGUAUGACUACUUAAUUGUCGUUGAUUUUGAGUCCACGUGCUGGAAUGAUGGAAGGCACCACAAUAGCCCUGAAAUAAUUGAAUUUCCAGCAAUUUUGUUGAAUACAGCAACUGGAAAGAUUGAAUCUGAAUUUCAUGCUUAUGUUCAGCCUCAAGAACAUCCAAUUCUUUCUGAAUUUUGCACAGAACUGACAGGGAUAAAACAGGUUCAAGUUGAUGAAGGGGUUCCCCUGAAGAUUUGCUUAUCUCAGUUCUGUAAAUGGAUUCAUCAGAUUCAGCAGCAGAAGAAAAUCGGUUUUGCUACUGGGGAUUCUGAGCCUUCCACUUCUGAAGUAAAGCUGUGCGCUUUUGUUACUUGGUCAGACUGGGACUUGGGCGUUUGCCUGGAGUAUGAGUGUAGAAGAAAGCAGCUGUUAAAACCUGUGUGCUUAAAUGCUUGGAUUGAUCUCAGAGCGACUUACAAGCUUUUUUAUAAGAGGAAACCCAAAGGACUGAGUGGUGCCUUGCAGGAAGUGGGAAUAGAAUUUUCAGGACGAGAACAUUCUGGCUUAGAUGAUUCUCGGAACACUGCUCUUCUUGCUUGGAAAAUGAUCAGGGAUGGUUGCCUAAUGAAAAUUACCAGGUCCUUGAAUAAGGUUCUCACUAAGAAGAAUCCCAAGAUUUUGGCCAAAAAUUUGGUUACAGAUCAAGUUGAAGAAGCAUCUGCCUGCAACAUUAGCAUCCAGGGUCCCAGCAUAUAUCAGAAGGAGCCCGAAAGUACAGUAAAAACUCAGGAAAAUGCUCAAAUGGAUUCAUUUUAUGUGAAUUCUUCUAUAAAGGACCAGUUACAACUAAAGAGCAACAUGAAAGCAGAUAUUAACAAUAUCAAACAUUGCUCUUCUCUUUUUACUACUAAGCCCUCAACUUCUGUGGAACAAUUUUGUUCUCCUACCUUGAAGCUAAGAAAAAGUGAUCAGCUUACCUCAAAUGACAGCUUAAAGUCCCCAACACUUAACUCCAACUUGGUACUUGUAUCUACAACCAUUCCAUCUGUUAAUCAUGUUUCAGAUGUAGAGAUGGAUCGCACUUUUGACUGUUUACCUAUGUUGGCUGAGUGGGAAGAUGUAGUUUUAUUGCCAGCAUCUCAGGUUGAGCAAGAUACAGAUUGUAUGCUUCCCAGGAGUGACACAAAUGUAGAUACUUCAUUUGAUUCUGGAGAGAGGUCAGUGGUUUUAAAAGAAUCAGAAAUCCUUAGUUAUGAAAACUUUGCAGACCUUAAGGAGACUCCUCAACACCCUGGAACAUCUAAGUCUAUUGUGUACAAAAGUCCUCACAGCACAGUUUAUGAUGUAAAAGGAGUCAAACAUCCAUCAGAUGCUUCUGCUUUUAAAUUACCCGAAUGCAAACCAUUUCCCUUCAACAGUGUCAGUGCCAACGCGUCACAUCCUUCAGUUUUAAGGACACAGCCUCUUCUUUUAGGUGGUACUAAAAGGAAUUCCUCUAGUUCCCUAGCUUUCCCACGAGCGAAAAAGCAGACCUUCGCUAUUCAUGAAGACAAGUUGACAUCAUCUACUUGCUCUGCAGGAACUUCUUCCCGUAAAGUUCCUCUCUCCAUAUUAGCAUCCACAGUGAAUCUACAAGAGCCUUGGAAGACUGGAAAGAUGACACCCCCCUUAUGCAAGUGUGGCAGAAGGUCUAAGCGGCUUAUUGUUUCAAAUAAUGGGCCAAAUCAUGGGAAAGCCUUCUACUGUUGCCCUGUUGGGAAAUACCGAGAAGACAGAAAAUGCUGUGGGUAUUUUAAGUGGGAACAAGCACUUCAAAAGGAAAGAGCCAAUAGCAAAUCUCUGUCUCAUUCCUCAGAGGGACUCACUUUCAGCUCUCCAGAAACAAGCCGUAUUCCUGACAGAAAUUUAAGUUUUCCUAUUAAAAAUUCUUUACGACUCAGACCUUCAAUGAGAAAUUGAUAAACCCUCUUCUAAACUGUCUUUUAGUUCAGCAUAAGCCUUCUAUGACAUUUGUGCUGGACUGAGAACAGUAUUGAGUCAAAUUACACAGUCUCAGAAUGCCUGAGUACUCCAGCUCCACUGAGCAGUUCACACAGAAGGGAAGUGGACUGCAUGACUUGCACUCUAGUCCAGUAGUUGUCUGUCAACUGUCUGUUGUCUGUGCAUGUAGGAAUCCUGGUUCCUUAAAUUCCCAAGCAUGAGUAUUUGGAUAAUUUCACAUAAUUAUAUUUUAUUUAUUAACAUAUGUUGAAUUUAUCAAAAUAUCAUAAAGAACCCCAAGAAAAUAUUUUUAUAAACCAUAUUUGUUAGGUU